CAGCACACAAAGAGAGUGGGACGCCAAAGAGAUUUGAGAAUCAACAGAGAACUAAACCUACAAAACGUGAUCUCAAUUAACAUCAGCAAAAUGGCGAGAAUUCAAACUGUUCUUGGAAGCAUUACGCCCAAUCUGCUGGGCCGUACUCUCACCCACGAGCAUGUGGCUAUGGACUUUGAGCACUUUUACAAGCCGCCACCGGCAGAUUUUCAGAGUGAACUGGAGCAAAAGAUUAGCAUGGCAACGCUCGGCUAUGUGCGUCUAUAUCCAUAUUCGAGUAAGGAGAACGUGCGCUUCUACGAUGAGGAAGCACUGGAAGCAUCCAGAAAGGAUGUGCUGCUCUAUAAGAAACAUGGUGGAGGUGCCAUUGUGGAGAACAGUAGCUAUGGCCUCAAACGCAAUUUGGAAUUCAUUGUGGAUCUGGCGAAGACAACCGGUGUGCACUUCAUAGCAGGCACAGGACAUUAUAUACAUGCCACACAGGAUGCCUCGCACAAGAAUCUCACUGUCGAACAGAUGACGGAUCUCUACUCAAAGGACAUCCUCACAGGCAUCGAAGUCAAUGGUCGCAUGGUGAAGAGUGGUUUCAUUGGUGAGGUGGCCAGCGUUUAUCCCGUUCAAGAGUUCGAAAGACAUUCACUACUUGCCGCUGGUGAAAUUCAGGAGGUACUCGGCUGUGGCGUCUCGCUGCAUCCACAUCGUGUGUCCAAGGCGCCAUUUGAAAUCCUGCGUCUCUAUCUGGAGGCCGGUGGGCGGGCCAACAAGUGUGUCAUGUCGCAUUUAGAUCGCACUUUAUUUGACAUGGAUGAGCUACUCGAGUUUGCCAAGAUGGGUUGCUAUCUGCAAUACGAUCUCUUUGGCACGGAGUGCUCCUACUAUCAACUCAAUUCAGCUGUGGACAUGAUCUCCGAUGGCCAGCGCAUUGAUAAUAUCAUCAAGCUGAUCAAUGAAGGACUCGUGGACAGGCUGCUUAUGUCGCACGACAUACACACAAAACAUCGAUUGACAUCCUAUGGUGGACAUGGUUAUCAUCACAUCCAUAUGAAUAUACUGCCAAGAAUGUUCCAGCGCGGUGUAACUCUUGACCAGGUCGAGCAAAUGACGGUCACCAAUCCGGCCAACUGGCUCAGCUUUAGUGCCUAAUGAGAAAUCGGUUAUCGCAGUUGGAUUAAAGUGCUCUACUUUAUAAUUAUUA